AUGGGCUCUGAUACUUCGAAAUCAAAGAAACGUGCAACACAAUUAACUGAAGAAGAAAUACAAUUGUUACUAAAAAAUACUCAUUUUAAUCGACAACAAAUAAAAGAAUGGCAUCAAGGUUUUCUUAAAGAUUGUUCAAAGGGAAAGUUAGACAAAAAAAAGUUCAUCGAAGUAUACAAACAAUUUUAUCCGACUGGAAAAGCAGAUAAAUUUUGUUCACAUGUUUUCAAAACAUUUGAUACGGACAAUUCGGGAGAAAUCGAUUUUGUCGAAUUUCUUAUCGCUAUAUCUGUAACAUCACAUGGCGACAUUCGUGAAAAACUUAAUAUGGCAUUUAAUAUGUAUGAUAUUGAUAAAAAUGGAAAAGUUGACGCAAAAGAAAUGGAACAAAUUGUGACUGCUAUCUAUGAUUUACUCGGUGAAGAAAAUCGUAAAGGUGAAAAUUCUCCCGCGAAACGUGUAGAAAAAAUCAUGAUUAAACUUGAUUCAAAUGGUGAUAGAUCAUUAACCAAAGAUGAAUUUAUAAAUGGAUGUUUACAAGAUGACUUUCUUAAAAACUUAUUAGCACCUAAUGCUUGA